AUGUUUUAUGUUGAUAGAAAGAAAAGCUGGUAUGCAACGCUGGGUGCUGCGGGGCUUGGGGAGGGAAGCAGCGGUAUUACUACUAUGGCGGAAACAGCAUCCAUAGUCCAGAGUCCGAAAUACAUGCGCAAACGCCGGCGGCUCUCAAGGCUUCUCGAUAAACUAUCUGUUCAAAUAAGUAAUAACAAUCAUUAUCCAUUACCCCAUUGGCUCAUGCUCGACUCUCCAUGUUACGACUCGAAAACAUCCGAAGAUGUUCCUCUCGAUCUUUCUUUAAAAUCAGAAGUUCCGAAGACGUCUAAAGAACAAUCCGGAUAUAUGUGCGACACUUGCGGCCAAACUUUCGCCGUUCACGAUCGCCUGGCCAAACACGUUGCCUCUCGACACAGAGACAAGGCACCGGAAUCGACGCGUGCUUAUGAGUGUGAAAUAUGUCGUCGCCGGUUUGCUCGGUCUGAUAUGUUGACAAGACAUGCUCGUUUACAUAGUGGUGUAAAACCUUACUCUUGCUCUGCUUGUGGACAAGUAUUCUCGCGAUCAGACCAUCUGGCUACUCAUCAACGUACCCACACCGGCGAGAAGCCAUACCGAUGUCCAGCUUGUCCUUACGCAGCUUGUCGACGUGAUAUGAUUACGCGGCACAUGAGAACACAUACGCGAAAGCCACAAGCAACAGAAAUUUAA